CGAGUGUGUUUGAGGCUGGACUACGGGAAGAUAACAGGCGCACUGGCUCCUCAAGAGCAAGUGGAUGGGAAGAGCCCAGUGGAACGGAGAAAGUGAGGCACGACGCAGAGAGUGGCUCCAUCUGAAUUAAAGCAAACAGGGAGAGAUGCUUGAAUGAGACAAGGGGUAAUGAAGAGUGUAAUUACGAGUUUUGAUGAAGAAUUGAGAUUAUUUUCCAAAAUGGCACGGAUUUGCGCUCAAGCAAAUGCGUAUUUUCCCAAAAUGACAUAGCACUUGACAAAAAAAAAAUGGAAUUCCGCCAAGAACAGAACUCGUUCACGACCUGAAAGAAAAGAUAAAAGGGAUUCUAUUCAAAGCGGAGUUUGGUUUUGCUUUGUUUGUCUUUUUACCUCUUUUACUUGACAAACGUCGGUUGUGAGUAAUCGCAGAGUGAAAUAUGAAUCUGGGCAAAGCGCUUCUGUUUUUCCUCCUCUCAAAUUGUGUGACAAUGACUUUCUCACUAUCCACUUGCACAACUGUGGACAUCGACCACAUAAGGAAAAAGAGAGUGGAGGCAGUCCGGGGACAGAUCCUGAGUAAACUACGAAUGACCAGUCCGCCUCAGUCAACAGGUCCGAGCCAGGUACCGUAUCAGGUCCUGGCCCUUUACAACAGCACCAAGGAGCUCAUUGAGGAGCUGGGAAGAGACCGGCAGCAGAGCUGCGGACAGGACAACACAGAGACUGAGUACUACGCCAAAGAGAUUUACAAGUUCAACAUGAUCAAUGGUCCACCAGAAAACAAUGACCUGCCCUUCUGCUCGAAGAGUAUCACGUCCAAAGCAUUUCACUUCAAUGUGUCGAUCAUGGAGAAGAACGCCACCAACCUGUUCCGGGCAGAGUUUCGAGCGCUGCGGAUCUCCAACCCCAGCGCCAAGAAAAAUGAGCAGCGGAUUGAGCUCUACCAGAUCCGCCAGAAAGACAACCCCAAAAUCAAACAGCGGUACAUUGGGGCGAAGAACGUUCUGACCAAGGGGACGACUGAGUGGGUCUCCUUUGAUGUGACGGAGACGGUGAGGGAGUGGCUGAUGGACCGACAGACCAAUCUUGGCCUGGAGAUCAGUGUGCACUGUCCCUGCCACACUUUUAUCCCCAAUGGCGGAAUCAUUGAGAAAGUCAAGGAGGUGCUGGAGGUCAAGUUCAACGGUGUGGAUUGGGAAUAUGGUGAUCAGAGUGUGAAAAAUCAAAAGGAGCUGUUCCCGCACCUCAUCCUUAUGAUGCUCCCCCCACACAGGCUGGACACCCACUCCCGCAGGCGCAAGCGAGCAAUUGACACCAAUUACUGCUUCAAUAACUACGAGGAGAACUGUUGUGUGCGACGACUAUACAUCAAUUUCCGGGAGCAUUUGGGCUGGAGGUGGAUUCAUCAGCCGGAAGGGUACUACGCUAACUUCUGCUCCGGCCCCUGUCCGUACCUCCGCAGCGCAGACACCACCCACAGCUCGAUGCUGAGCCUCUAUAACACGUUGAAUCCCGAAGCGUCUGCCUCACCCUGCUGUGUUCCUCAGGACUUGGAGCCCCUCACCAUCUUGUACUAUGUGGGUCGCUCUCCAAAAGUGGAGCAGCUUUCAAACAUGGUCGUCAAGUCCUGCAAGUGCAGCUAAACUUUGGAGCUUCGAGCCCCGGCGAGAGACGUGGGACGGAGCGUGGAGUAUAGUGGGCAGGGUACAUUUUCUCCUCCAUGAGUACCAACACCUUUCCCCUGUUGCCUCCAUCCCCCCCCCCCCCACACCAC